UCACGUGGUUGAUCGCCAUUCGGCUGACACGCUACUUUAUGAAGUUCUGAAUCAUGUGACAUCACGAGAGUCACGCACUCUGCAGCCGAUAGCGCGUUAGCAUUUAGCCUGCUAGCACCGAGUCCGAGUGCAAUUUCGACGACGUCCUUCUGUCGCUCACGUCUGUCGACUUGCGAUCGCUUCGGACUCGAUCCCGGCUCAGUGACGUCGGCACGCGGGCGCCACCGCCGACCGGGGACGUCUCGGUUCAUCCGGGGUCGCGCAAAAUGACGUGCGCGGUGCUUCUAUUUUUAGACGCGUCCCAAAAGAAAAAAGGGAACUUUGGAGCCGAGAAACAUUUGGAAAACUGCCGCCACCAAAGCGCAGAAGGAGAAGUCAUGUGACUGCGCCAGGAAAAGAAAGACAAGCGGGCUUGACCCGCGCGGUGGCAGUUCUGAGGUCCCGGGUUCGAUCCCGGCCCCGCCCGUGUGUGGCUUUUCUCCGGGUGGGCGCUCCGCUUUGACUCUAAAUUGCCCCCCAGGUGCGAUUGGCCGUCGACAGAUGACAUUUGGCUCCAGUACUCCCGCGAGAAGCGACUAAGAAACUGGACGGAUGACUUUGCUGUCGUCGUAGAUUAUUUUUUUUCCCCCCUCGCCAAGAAAACAAAACAAAAGUGCGCGACCGCGGCAAAGAAACCCAAAAAGAAGACAAAGUGACAAAGAGAAAAGCAAGCAUUCAAAAUGGGCAGGAAGAAGAUUCAGAUUGCCCGCAUUGUGGAUGAGCGCAACCGACACGUGACCUUCACCAAGCGCAAGUUCGGCCUGAUGAAGAAGGCGUACGAGCUGAGCGUGCUGUGCGACUGCGAGAUCGCGCUCAUCAUCUUCAACAGCACCAACAAACUCUUCCAGUACGCCAGCACCGACAUGGACAAAGUGCUGCUCAAGUACACCGAGUACAACGAGCCGCACGAGAGCAGAACCAACGCCGACAUCGUCGAUACGUUGCGCAAGAAAGGCCUGAGCGGCAGCGACAGUCCCGACAUGGAUGCCGACGACUCCGCCGGUCUGAGCCCCGACGUUGACCACAAGUUCCCCAAACUGCUGGACGACGACAUGGACCUGAUGCUGAACAGGCAGCGCGUCUGCGCCCUCCCCGCCUCCAACUACGACAUGUGCAUCAACGCCUCCCCGCUGCUGUACUCGCACCCCGCCAUCGGGGGCGCUGCCGCCGGCCACAACCUGCUGCCCAUCCACCACGCCCCCAUGUCCCCCCAGCGGCCCCCCAGCGGGGGAGACGCAGGCCCGCCGGGGUCCGAGCUGACAAACUCUGCCGUCGGGGCGGGCAACGGCAUGUACGGCGACCGUUGCCCCUCCCCCGUCAUGAUGUCACCGGAGGCCGCGGCGAAGGCGCUUCAAGACAGAAGUCCGCCGAUGAGCGUGAGCCGCAAGCUCGGCCUACGACCCCCGAUGCCGCCCGCCGACAAGUGCGGCGACCUGCCGACCAUGAACCCUCGAAUCCGUCACUCCCGGUCGGCGCAGACGCUGUCCAGUCCCAGCGCGUCGGCGUCCGCCGGCUACCCGUCCUCGCUGUCGUCCUACGCCACAGACUUCACGCUGGGCGGCGACCUGUCGUCACUGACGCCUUUCGGCUCGGCCGGUCUGAGCGACGGCGGCGGCUGGCGGCACGUCCGCGACCUGCGCGACCUUCCGCUCGGCCACGCGGGGAACUUGUGCCAGAACGCCGACCUCGACUUCCCGCCGGGGCAGCAGAACCUUCACAUCAAGGCGGGGCCUGAUCAUGCAUCAAAUCCAUCCCCCCCCCCCCCCCCCCUGUGGUUGCGGCGAUUCGGGAGUCGGGAACGACCGCGUUCGGAAUCGCUCUGGAUUCCCGACUCUCGAACGACUUCGAGUGGACGGUUUGAGAACUUUCUACUCGAGCUCCGAGAGGUGAAAAUCCCGCGAUACAUAAAUUCCAACGCAGCCCGUUAUGGUCUUCACAAUCCCGGACUUUGUUUAUGAUGCGGUCGCGAGCAACCGACAAACUUGUAGAAAUCAGCGAGAUGUGCAAAAUAUACAAUAUCAUAAUUUCAUUGAAUAAGUUCCACUUGAGCUUGGGCUCAGGUUUAUUUGUCGUGUUCACGCUAAUUGAAGAAAAACUCCAAAGGAUCCACGGGGGAGCCCUGAGGAACCCCGCUGGUCGUACGUGAAAUUACGAAGGGAGGGUGAAACUUGUUUAAUAUUUAUAGAUGUACAUAUUUAUUUGAAAUCAUCCACUCAUCCAAGAUUUGUCUCAUAAGACUUAAACCAAGUAGAAUUUCGGCACGCUGCUGUGGGGGGGGGGGGGGGGGGGGCAAAAAAUAGAUAUAUUCACCGCAAGAGUAAAGUUGAUUUUCUUAAUAUGGCAACUUUUUAACAAAACUCAUUUUUUUCCCCCUUAACGAGAAAGCAAUGCAAAACGCUUUUGUUUAGAAAAGCCUUUUGUGUCCACUUUUUUUUUUAAAGAUGAAGAUUGAUACAUUUUUUUGAAAAUAUGACUAAAUGCCUCAAAAUCGUAUAUAUAAAUUAAAAAAAGACUAGGUCGUAAGGUCUUUUUCUUUGAAUACAAAACAAUACAAUUUUUCCGCGGAGAAAUUUUUCCCCUUCAAAAAUGUCUUUGUGUGUAUAAUUAAUAUUUAUACACCCAAGCGGCCCAAACGGGGUGUCCGGGCGAGAAUCUCGCUGGAGAGGAGGCCCGUCAGGUGGGCGGGGCAUCUGAUUGGGAUUCCCUCCCCGGUGAGGCGUUACCCCGGA